CAAGAAAGUAGCAACUUCCAACUCAAAACAAACAAGAUAUCUCUUGUUACUUGAACAAUCACCGAAACAAAACAGCAUAAAAAUACGAGCAAUAAUGAGGCUCUCUUUUUUCUUUCUGCUGCUAUUUGUACUGCAGGAACCCACUUUUGCUAAGCAGUCGUCCUAUGUAGUGUACAUGGGAGCUCAUUCCCAUGGAGAAAUGUCUCAAUAUGAUUUGCAUCAAGUCAAAGAAUCACAUUACGAUCUCUUGGGAUCCUUUCUUGGAAGCCACGACACUGCCAAGGACGCCAUAUUUUACUCCUACACAAGACAUAUCAAUGGCUUUGCGGCUAUUCUAGAGGAAGAGCUAGCAUUAGAAAUAGCAAAUCAUCCCAAUGUGGUCUCCGUAUUUCAAAACAAGGGAAGAAAAUUGCACACUACUCGAUCUUGGAGUUUCCUAGGGCUCGAGACUGAUGGAGAAAUCUUUCCUUCUUCAGCCUGGGAAAAGGCAAGAUAUGGUGAAGACACAAUUAUUGCAAACCUUGACACUGGGGUCUGGCCGGAAUCAAAGAGUUUUGGCGAUGAAGGAUUUGGACCAAUCCAACCAAGAUGGAAAGGAAUCUGCCAAAAUAACACUAGCGUUGGAGGAUUCAAGUGCAACAGGAAGCUAAUAGGAGCGAGGUACUUCAACAAAGGAUAUCUUGCGGCAUUAUCAACAAGUAACUCCAGUCAUACCACCACAAUCAAUAGCCCGCGUGACUACGAUGGUCAUGGCACUCACACCCUUUCUACAGCCGGCGGGUCAUUCGUUCGAGAUGCGAGUGUAUUUGGGUUUGGGAAAGGGAUAGCCAAAGGAGGGUCUCCUCGUGCGCGUGUUGCGACGUAUAAGGUGUGUUGGCCCCCUAUAAAUGGUGAUGAGUGUUACGAUGCAGAUGUUCUAGCGGCCUUUGAUAUGGCCAUUGCUGAUGGAGUUGAUAUCAUCUCAGCAUCAAUAGGAGGAAACCCUUCCCCUUACUUUAACGACACUUUGGCUAUUGGUUCUUUCCAUGCUACCAAGAAAGGGAUUCUUGUGGUGUGUUCUGCAGGUAAUUCUGGUCCCAUGGAUGGAACUGUUGUAAAUGUUUCUCCUUGGAUUUUCACAGUUGGGGCUAGUACCAUGGAUCGUGAGUUCUCUGAUUGGGUUCUACUUGGAAAUGGAAAAUAUAUAAAGGGAGAAAGUUUAGCACCAAAAUCAUUACAAGCAGGCAAGUACUACCCACUAGUGAGUGCUGCUCAAGUCAAAGCCCUAAAUGCAUCCGUAGAAGAAGCAAAAUUAUGCAAAUCAAGAACUAUCGAUCCUCGAAAGGCAAGAGGUAAAAUAGUUGUUUGCAUCAGAGGAGAUAAUGCAAGAGUUGACAAAGGACAACAAGUUGCAUUAGCUGGGGGUGUAGGUAUGAUCCUUGCAAACGAUCAUGACACCGCAAAUGAAAUUCUUGCUGAUCCGCAUGUCCUUCCAGCUUCUCACAUUAACUAUAGUAAUGGUAUCCUUGUUUCCACAUACAUCAAUUCAACAAAGUUCCCAAAGGCCUCCAUUACACGUACAUCAACAAGGUUAGGAAUAAAUCCAGCACCAUUUAUGGCAGCAUUUUCAUCAAAAGGACCUAAUACCAUUACCCCAGAGAUUCUCAAGCCUGAUAUAACAGCACCAGGAGUUAGUGUGAUAGCGGCAUAUACUGAAGCACAAGGACCAACAAACCAAGUAUUUGACAAACGUAGAGUCCAAUUUAACUCCAUAUCAGGGACUUCUAUGUCAUGCCCGCAUAUUUCAGGCAUUGUUGGUCUUUUGAAAACUCUUUAUCCUCAUUGGAGCCCUGCAGCAAUAAAGUCAGCAAUUAUGACCACAGCAAGCGUGAUAGACAAUGUGCAUGAGCCAAUCACAAAUGCUUCCAAUAUACAAGCAAACCCAUUUCAUUAUGGAGCUGGUCAUGUUCAACCAAAUCGGGCUGUGGAUCCCGGAUUAGUUUAUGAUAUGACUACGACUGACUACCUAAACUUUCUUUGUGCACUUGGCUAUAAUGAGAAAUCUAUCGCUCUAUUUCAUGCAGGGCAUUAUUUGUGCCCCAAAAAUUUCAGUAUACUUGAUCUCAAUUACCCCUCAAUAACCGUCCCUAGACUUAAAAAUACUAUCACAGUGACUAGAACUGUUAAAAACGUUGGUUCUCCAGGAAAGUACAAAGCACAUGUUCAAAAUCCAAGAGGGAUUUCAAUUUUUGUUAGUCCUCCCAUCUUGGAGUUCACCACCCUUUGUCAAGAAAAAAGCUUUCACCUUACAUUGGAAGUCGUGAAGGGGAAAAUAUCCAAGAAUUAUGCAUUUGGUAGAAUAAUUUGGUCAGAUGGUUAUCAUAAUGUUAGUAGCCCAAUUGUGGUAAUGGCAAUGUAGUAUUGUCUACAAUCUAAGAUAUGUAAUUUCUGCUUAAGUAAAUUUUUACUGUAUUCCAAUUAUAAACAAUGUAAUGCGCCAAAAAUUUAUAUAUCAUGGUCAUUGAUAUGACAUACGUUAUUAUUGUCA